GGAAUCGUCCGUGUUCGGGCACCAAACCAAAUGACCUCGUCACCUCACUCUACGCCGCCAGAGUGUUCUGGACGUCAACCCGGCAGCUGCAGCAAAUAAUAAUAAUCCAUGUGCGGUUUCAAAUUCACUCGACAAACCCAUAUAAUAGAAUAAUACGAUCAUCUAAUUAGAGAGAAAAUGCCCCUGCCAGCGGUUGGAGGAGCUGCCCUUCUCGCAGAUAAAGGCCCCAAGAUUAUACGUCUAGCAUUGCAUGGUCAUGCUAACCGUCCAUUUUUUCACAUAGUUUUGACAAAUUGUAAAGUGAAACGGGAUGACCUCCCUGUCGAGCAAUUGGGUACGUAUGAUCCCAUGCCUAAUUUGGAGAAUCAGAAACUACUAAGUCUAAAUGUUGAAAGGACGAGAUAUUGGAUGGGACAGGGAGCUAUCUUCUCCACCCCUAUAGCAAAACUGUUAGGACAAGUUGGAUUUCUAGACAUUCACCCACAGACGUAUAUAGAUGCGUGGAGAACGAGAUUUGAUGACGCUAGAAUAGAAGCUGAGACUAAAAAAGCCACAGAGUCGACAACUAACGUUGAAACUGUUCCUGCAACAUCGUAAUAAUGAAAUCAAUGUAAUAUGUAUGUAAUAGAAUUAGGUUGGAAAAUAUUGAGCUCGGAUUUAGUGUUUGUCAGCCAAAUAAACCAAAUAAUUACGUUUUUUAAACAGAACGACAAUAAAGUCAUUUUCCUAUAAA